CCCUGACAACGUCAGUUGCACACUUUGACUGCAAAUGGGGGGCAAUGGAAGUUCGCCGGUGCGUACGCUGCUGCACCUCAAAGCCAGCUCCCCACGCUACUGGGGAGUGCUACUGCUGGUAUGAUCGGCCGCGUCUUCUGUCACCCGCUGGACACCGUCAAGGCUCGACUGCAGGCCAGCACGACCACGGGCCAAACUAUCACAUCGCAGCUCAACCUCCGGUCUUUCAGUUUGCAGCACCUGCGAGGCCUAUAUCGCGGUAUGGGUGUGAGCAUGCUGGGCUCAGCGCCUGCCACUUGUCUGUACAUGACGUCGUACGAGGUCUCCAAGGACGCGCUGAUGGGCAUUGAAAGCUUCCACGGCAGUCCGACGCUGCUGUAUUUAGGGGCUGGAAUGGCUGCUGAGGCUCUGAGCUGUGUGCUUUGGGUACCUAUUGACGUCAUUAAGGAGCGCAUGCAGGUGCAAGGACAGUCUUCGAGUGCGUCAGGGAAAAUCUACUACCGCAACACGCUGGACGCUAUGCAGACGAUCGCGCGCACAGAGCGCAUUGCCGGUCUGUACAAGGGCUAUGUUGCUACUCUGCUCUCUUUCGGGCCCUUCUCGGCACUAUAUUUUAUGUUUUACGAGAAAGCCAAGGCAUUCGCGCAGAAACGACUCGACAUGCAGGAGCUGCCGGCGCAAUACACUCUUGCAAGUGCGGCUGUUGCGGGUGCCACUGCAUCGUUUCUUACCAACCCACUGGACCUUAUCAAGCUACGCCUCCAGGUUCAACGUGCGUACGCGUCGGAAGGAACCCCAGCAGCCUACCGUGGAAUCGCUGACGGUCUCACACAAGUGAUCAGAACGGAAGGGAUAUUGGCGCUGUACAAAGGUGCUGGAGCCCGCGUUGCUUUCCAUGCCCCAUCAACCGCAAUCACAAUGUCUCUAUUCGAGAGCUGCCGACGUGUGUUUGCUUCCCUUCUGGAGGAUUAAUUAGUCGUCAUUUUUUUGAGGUUUUGCAUGCAUCUUAUUGUUCCCAUUCACUGGCUGAGAAUCGUUCGAUAGCAAUCUCAUCGCCUCCACUCGCUUUGGAACUUGCUCUUGUUCUUCCUUCACCAAAAUCUCGCUCUUGAU